CUAUAUAUUGAAUAACCACAGUAGGAUGCAACAGCUUGUCCAUAAGUCGACACUCUUUCCCCCUCUUUCGUCCCUUGACAUGAAGGCAUGAGCUUCAGAAGAAACAGAAACUUCCAAGUAAACGACAGUGUCGUCAACGAUAGUUCGGGAAACGGCAAUACUUUUUCGACGCACGUUGGGGACAACUACCAUCAACAUUUCGGAACUGAGUUCGGCCUUUCAAAUUUUUCGAGACGGGUCGCCUAAAAUGCUCUUCAUGAUGCAGAAGCUCGUUACCCUCAGCCCAACGUUUUAACCGGUACUCGGGAAGAGAUUAUCGGGAAACUGAGUAGUUGGUGCGAGGAUGACUCGAAGAACAGCAGAGUGUAUUGGGUCAAUGGUGCUGCUGGAGUAGGGAAGUCUGCGAUUGCACAAUCACUUUGCGAAAAUUACAUCCAAAGCGGUCAACUAGCAGCUGGAUUCUUUUUUUCCAGGAAUGAUGCCAGUCGGGAUAAGCUUGAUCCAUUUGUCGCUACCAUUGCUCAUCAGCUUGCGGACUCCGAAGCCCUUAAACCCCUUAUUGCACCCCUCAUCGACCACGUCGUCCGCUUAACGCCUGGGAUUUGGCACAAAAGAAUAGAGGAUCAGUUCAGAAUGUUGAUAGAAGAACCGUGUGCUCAGGUAGAUCCAAGGUACUGGGCUCAACUUCCACGACUUGUCAUCAUUGAUGGCGUCGACGAAUGCAUCGAUGUGGAGUCUCAGAUGAGACUGCUCCGGAUGAUACAAAAUGCGACACCCACUCUUCCCCUCAAUUUCCUCAUACUCAGCCGACCGGAACCACAUAUCUCUGACACAUUCUCUCUCGAAUCAUUCACUCCAAGACCUUCCCGCUUGACCUUGGGCGACUUCACCGAGUCCGUUCGGGCCGAUAUCAAAAGAUAUCUUUGCCAUGAAUUUGCUCGCAUCCGGAAGGUGCAUCGGCACACCCUAGACAGUUCAUUGCAGGCUUCAUGGCCCGGUGACUCCGUGAUUGACCAAUUGGUAUCCAAAGCAACUGGACAGUUCAUAUACGCAAUCACCAUAAUGAAGUAUAUCGACACGGGAAAACUGCCCGCAACACCCAUACUGCGUUUGGACAUUAUACUUCAUGGCACAAGAGGGGUGAAUUCUUCAUCCCCCUAUCCCGCCCUGGAUCUGCUCUAUUCUCAGAUCCUACAAUACUGUGGCCAUGAAGGCAAGAAGCUUCGAGAGAUUUUACGGUUGAUAGUUAGCCCUUUUGAUAAGCAAGGCGACUUGCCAUCCGAACCCUUCCAGUUAGAUGGCCCGCCUCCAGCUUUGCAAAGCUCAUGGGCUCUCGAACAACUUCUAGAAUUGAGCCAAGGCGAGGCCACUGCCCUCGUGUCUGGUUUACACUCAAUCCUCGCCAUCCCUUCGUCCAAAACAGAAAAAAUAUUUGUUUUGCAUGCGUCCUUUUCCGAGUUUCUCCUCGAUGCACAACGCUCAGGUGUGUACUAUGUGGGGACAAGGCUUUCCUCCCAGGAGUGGUUCCAAGUACUCAUUCCAUGCCAAAUUCGAAUCCUUUCCCGUUUCUGUGUCGAAUACAAUCGUUGGUUUAUGCAAAACCCCCGAGUUCAUGGCCAACUAAUAAAUGGGGAAGUUAACAAUGUUGAUAUCGGUUCACUCAACGUUUGGAAGUGCCUAUACGACAAUUGGACCACUAUCACUGUCAAUGACCAGAUCACAGCGGCUCUCAAUGUAUUCGAUCCCCAUCUGUACCUCACUACAAUACUUCACUGCGCUUACAAAGAACAAGUAACUUAUCUCAACUUCCCUCAACUAGUGGUGUCGCGAUUGUCGCGAUUCUCACGUCAGACCUGGCUCCAGCGAUACCAUAUAGCAGCAGUGCAUAUGCAAAUAAGCAUGUUCUACAGUGCUUAUCGAAAGUUAUUGAAGAUUUCCGAUAAACCUUCUCGUAUUUGCCUCCAGGAUUUCUUCACCAGAUGCAAGUCUUUCUUUCGCGGUUUCUACGUGUCAUUCCCUAGUCAAGGCCGGAACACGAGAGGCACUCCGGACAAAGCUGUAAAAUCCAUCCUCUUCGCAUGUCAGUUAUCCAUCUCCCGCCUCCGCUACGACUAUCUCGGUGCAGGAGCUCCAGGCCCUCUCUUGUUCGUAUCACAUUCAGAGCCAAUUGUCCGCGAUCCCAAGUGGAUGAUCCGAGUCCUGCCUUCUGACAAAGAUGUCACAAUUCCAGCCAGGUGGGAGGUCAAAUAUAUCGACGCAGCCGAAGGGCGGCUAUUUUGCAAGCUUCUUGAACGCGUCAUUGAGAACAAUUCAUCCGAAAAACCAGGAAUCAACCGCGGGGUCAAGAAAAUUUUCGAAUCAUCCGAGAUUGAAGACUGGACCCUUCACCUGGCUCAGUUGGAUUGGAAAAAAACACGAAAAAUAUAUAUACUUGGAAAGCUGGCACGGUUAAUACAGGGGAAGAGGGUGAUAGGUAAUGUAGUCUUCUCAGAGGACGAAUCUGACCUAGAAUGCCAAUCGUAACCUGUCUUUCACUGGCCCGGACACGGGAGUACUCCAAUUCGUUACCAUUGCCGCCUUUUUGGGGGAUGGCGUUGGACUUCAGAAGAACAUUUGAGCGACUCCCUGCCGUACCAAGUUCCUCCCGGACCAUAGGCGUUCGAGCUACAGGAAUGAACGAUAUCCCUUUCCCUUUGCCGACAAACAUCCUCCAAAAAAUUUCCGAGUCCAUGUAGACGGAUUCGCAAACUGGCGGGAGAAGCAUCACGUUAAUUGAGUGACUGUUGGCAGAUUUUUCGGACCUCGGUAGCUAGCAAUAACCAAUAUUAGGAAAUCUUCUCCUUCGUGGGCCGAUUUGAUUCAAGCCGCCCAUGUUGGAGGGGAAGCGGAGGACCGGGUGGAGGACCGGGUGGAGGCUUUCGAGGACUGUGGAAGUGGAUUUUCGCCUAUCCGGACCUGGUAGCCUUACGUGUAUUUUGCGAGUUCCUGGGCAGAAGUAACGUAUGACUUGGGGUUUCGAAUCUCGUAUGACUCACGAUGAAGCCGUUGCUUCCCGUAACUAGGAAGACCUUUUGUUUCUUUUUCUCUUAUCUGUGAGUCGAGAGCGAGAUGUGAAAGUUGGAAGGCGAGCUGGUC